CCAAACAAAACUUCAAAUCGUCUUUUAAACAAAUCUCAAAUUCUCCCAAGAAAAAAGAAAAAAGAAAAAAAUGUCAGGAAGAGGAAAAGGAGGAAAAGGGUUAGGCAAAGGAGGAGCAAAAAGACACAGAAAAGUUCUAAGAGACAACAUCCAAGGAAUCACGAAGCCAGCGAUACGUCGUCUCGCUCGUAGAGGAGGAGUGAAACGUAUCAGUGGUCUGAUCUACGAAGAAACGAGAGGUGUGCUGAAGAUCUUUCUCGAGAACGUGAUUAGAGAUGCUGUGACGUAUACUGAACACGCUAGGAGGAAGACUGUUACUGCAAUGGAUGUUGUUUAUGCUUUGAAGAGGCAAGGACGUACUCUCUAUGGAUUUGGUGGUUGAUUUUAACAAAUUUGAGUUUUCUUUUUGUUUUUGGGGUUUCUUGUGUUUUUAUGAUGAUUAAUUAAGUCUUGCUGUCAAGAAAUUUCAGAAUUAUUUAGGGAUUUAGGGUUUGAGAUUUGUAAUUAGGGUAAUUGCAAGUUGCUGUAAUGAAGAUCUCAUUUGGUUACUGAUAGUUUCAAUUGCUCUUAA